CAUCGGUGUCCCAACGCCCAUCUCCAUCAUCCGCUACACACAUAUCACCUCCCCCUCAUCAUCUCUGGAGUCUUUGAUCAGUUUAUGUGCUAAAAAUUAAGAUCCGAAUCUCAGAAUAUCAUCAUCAACAUGUCCUUUGCCACAAUCCAAGCCUUGGAAGUCGUCAUCACGGGUUCAGAUAACGAGAAGAAGGUUUUACGACUAAACACGCUUCGGGAUGAACUGGAAACACUCGAAUCUCCGCCAGAUCUCCAACCUUUGCUCACAUCUCUCAAGAGCUCACUGGAUUCUUCGAAUGGGCAUCUAUCUUAUGCUGCACUUGCUUGUUUACCACCACUUGCCCGCACACUCGCUUCACCGGCUCAUCAAUCUGCCCUGAAGCAGCUUGUCUUCUCGCUCUAUUCUCCGGCCUCAAGUAGUGUGGCUAGCUUUCUCGGAGAUGCCAAACAGCGAACCCGGGAGACAGCACGAGCUGCUCUUUUCGGCGCCGCCUCAGCCGCCUGUGAAGCCCAUGUGAUCUCCCAAACUUCUCCCCGGACGGAUGAUGUCUUGCAAGAGAUUGAACGUAUCGUGAAAGAGCAAGGGUUUGCCAGUAAGAUUGCUCGGGCCCGGGUACAGACUCUCUAUUAUCUUUCCGAGAUCCGCUCCCGGUAUCCGGCGUUGAUUCCAUUCAAGACCUAUUUACCUUCUCUGGUUUCACUGCUCGAGGACUCCGAUGUUUCUGUUCGAACUGCUGCAUCAGAGUGCGUUACUACUGUGUUUUCUGACCCAUCAUUGCCAGCAUCUGCUCGAGGGGAUCUCAAAAAUGAGCUGGCAAAGCAAGGGACACGGCGUUCAACGGUCGACAGUAUCCUAGCGAAAGUCUUCACCACCUCAAACCCGCCUGGCAAUAACACAACUGCCGUUGGAUCUGGUGCGGACGAUCCACCCUUGACACAGACCGAUAACACUGUGCGCGAUCAGGCGGUCGAUUCCAGUAGCAACCCUUUAGCCAACUCGCAAACUGGUCCACCUGGCUCAGAACCGCCACCCCCUUCGGGAAUAAUUAACCCAGUUUUUGUAUCUGGUCCCCGUGAAUUGGAAUCCAUCUUUGCGAAAAUGUUGUCCCCAUGGGAAGGCAAAGAGACUGAGCACAACUGGCAAGCACGAGAAGCUAAUAUGAACACACUUCGUGGUAUGAUUAAAACUAAUGUCCACAUGCAGUACACUGCCGACUUCAUCGCUGGUCUCAAGUCGAUUUCUGAGGGAUUAUUGAAAUCAUUGGCCUCUCUACGAACAACCAUGGCUGUUGGUGCUUGUAAUGCAUUCGUUGAACUCAGUGUACUCGGCCCUGCACUCGAUCCAUUGGUUGAUAUAAUCUUGCCUCCACUGCUUCGUAUGGCAGCCCAGACGAAGAAAAUCGUCUUUCAAGCCUCGCAGGCUGCAGUAACAGCCCUCAUCAAGUCAACAUAUCAUCCUCGUGUCCUGCAAUAUCUUUCAGCGUGUGUCAAUGAAAAAACUGUCCAAGCACGCAUUGCAGGUGUUUCUCGAAUCAAAGAGUUUCUGGAUUUUCAUGGUCAACGUUCCAAAUCUCAGAUUGAAUCAGGGGGUGGACUUGGAAUCAUUGAAAAAGUGCUACGACGAUCGUUGGCUGAUGCUAGUCCUGUAGUUCGAGAAACUGCCCGUGAAGUGUUUUGGAAUUGCUCUGCAAUAUGGCCUCAAAUGACUAGUCCCCUAAUCGAAUCACUCGAUGGUCCAACCCGCAAACAACUAGAGAAGGCUAGUACGGGUCGCCGAGCCGUUUCAAGCGCGUCGUUUAAGACUGAAAAGGAACCUUCCAGUCGAAUCUCAGUGAGGUCACUGAUCAAAUCCACACGUUCUGCCCACCGUGCGGCUGAAACCCCGAACGUGGCAAAAGCGGCACCCAUCUCCCCCAGACAAGUCGCCAAUAGCCUCGGUGGAAUCGAAUCUCCUGCGAUCAAGUCAACAGGUGCAACCUCUGGCUCUGGUCUGGCACAUCGAACCCCUGAACGCCAGAAUACUGCACAAUCGCCGCGCAGAAACGAUCUUAAGCGUAGUGUGUCUGCGCGUGAUCCGCCCACUGGCGAUCGGUCCAAAUCGUCAAUUUCAUCCCCACCACUCGGACUGGCUAUCAGUAAAACGAUGAGCCCUCACAAAACCAGUCCAGCAUCACCGAUCUCUCGGAUCGCUGUACGAUCAGCUAGCACAGGGAAGAAUUUUAGUCCCCCCAAUCAAAGACUUCAAUCGAGGAAGGUUUUGAGCGCGGAAAACAUCGUCGAAGAUGCGAUGAAAGCGCAAGCUGAGCAGGCCGAAUCUGCGGCUCAUCGACUUCUGGAGCUCACGGAAGAUGAAAACGAGCUCCAGCCACUUGUGCCACUUGGCCCGGGUGGUGUUUUACUGCCAGCAACCACUCGCGCUGAUCAUGUCCGGCUAACUCAACUUGCGCAAUCAAACAUCCCCAAACAAUUUCAGGCCACGACCAACAAAGAAACCAUGUGGAAACAAUUCGAAGAUUCUCCACGCAAUCAUCUUCAUAUUGCAGUCGAAGAAGUCCCUAAGAAAGAGAUCGCGCAUCGCGGAAACAAAAAUCUUUGGUGGCACCGCCAAGCUGAAUUGUCGAUGUGUGCGGGUCGACAAGAUGCAUCCCCAAGCGACAUCCUCAACUUGAUAGCUCAAAUUGAGGAACAUCCACCAACCUCUCAAGAUCGUCAAAUAUAUCUAGAUUUGUCGCAAGCGUGCUAUGAACAUAGAUGCUCAAUAGGCAAGGUAGAUAGCACCGGUACCAUAAUCAAAUCCGAAGAGAAAUCCCAGAUGGAAAAGAACAUGGAGUUCUGGAUGGACCAGAAUUUGUUUGACAGAUUGUUUGAAGCCCUAAAAGAAAAAUUAAAACAGAAUGUUUCUGUAGAAGUUAAAGAUGCUCAGUUAGUCCUAUUAAGGGCAUUAAUACUAUAUGAGACCAUGUUGAUGGGUGGCAAGGAGACCGAACUGUGUGAAUUGUUAUUAUUGGUGGCUUCGGAAGGUGUAUCGAACUUAAUCAUUGCAGUAGAAGCCUUAGGAAGCUUAUGGGCCGAAACAAGUGAUCCAGUUUAUGGCUUAAGUUGUUUGCGAAGUUGUGUUGAAAUCGUCAGCCAACGGAAUUUGAUCAACCAAGCUUCCUCCAACCAACCAGGAUCGGAGAAUUGGAUGGGAUUGGCAAUGAGCUGUCUCGGUGGAUUUUUCUGCAGACUGCCGGCUGAAAUUGUCGAAGAGGAGUUACCCAAAGCUAGCGAACUGAUCAAACGAGCUCUCAAUCAUCGUCAAGCCGAGAUUCGCAUGUCAGCCGUCAUGAGCUUGGUUUCAGCAAAUCAAGUAAUCAAGAACGAUCGGGAAAUCUUCCAAGUUUUGGGCAACCUGACCACUGCUCAAGAAGCCCUGAUUACCUAUUAUUUAACUCCAAGUCAAUAGCCCCAUAGUCGGUCAUCACCUUUUUUCGAUUUUACUUGUUAUCAUCUUUUCUAGACAGUCUUUCUACGCAUUAUUCUGUCCUUCUCAUGUCAGCUUCAAAGGCAUCCGAAACUCUCAGCAAAUCCAAGCAUUAUAUUCCAAUGCUUGUUCCUCAUCGGUCUCGUAUAAGAACACCUAUUUGUGCUUUCUGUAUCAAACUAUCUUCUUUCUUUACUUCUUCCCUCUAUUUUUCUGUCCUUUGUUCCUUUCUUUUUUUUCUUUUUUUUUUUUUUCUUUUUUUUUCUUUCUUUUUCUUUCCUUCGCCCCCCUCCUUUUUUUUUCUUUCCUUCAUCCCUUUCUUCUUUAUUUUCUUUCUUUCGUCCCUUUCUUUUUUUUUCUUUGUUUCGGUACUUCUUUUGUCUUUCCUUUUGUUGUUGCGGGAGGGGGUAAUUUUCCUAUUUUUUCAUUUGAGAUGUCCCAAAACACUUCAUCCACAUAUUAUUUUGGUGGAUCGUUAUUGAUAGUUUGCUUAGAAAACUAUGUACUGUAUCCCACUUGUUUUGCUCCUGUCAUCCCGUCCUUGCACUAUGCCUGCCCUUUCAUUCUUUGUAGUAUGGACGCAAAUACACCCACACACUCUCAUAUAUACAAUAUAGAUAUUGAUCUAAUCUAAAGCAGCUUUUGUUGGCAAUGCACACUCCUUUUUGACAACAAUCAA